GGGUGUUUCAUCAACUUAAAUCGAUUUCGAUUUUAAAAAUCAAUUUUAAGGCCAAAUCAGUUUUAGCUUAAAACCGAUACGUGUGAGCUGUUUCAUCAAAUCGAUUUUAAGCUAAAAUUAAAUUUAAUUGAUUUACAUAUAUGCGAACGAGCCUAACCAAAUUUGUAUCCAUUAUCCCGCGAAAUGGCGUCGACUGAAAAGGGAGGAAAAGGCCCGAAGAGUGGUGGAAAGUCCAGAGCUGGCAAUUUCGAAGAUUGGGAAACCCUGAUGAUGAUUAAUUUCAUCAGGGACAAUUGGAAGAAGUUGUUUUCCCGUGCAGGACACAGCGGGACGAGAGUAGAAGUUCGUAAAAAAAAAUAUUGGAGGAGGGCCGCUGAGGCAUUGAGGGCUGCCGGUGGCCCAAAAAGAGAGUGGUCGGACCUAAAAAAAAAGUGGGCAAGACUGAAACAUCAAACGCAGAACUACUUGAGAAUGAGAGGAGGUACUGGAGGAGGCCCAUGUAACGUUAAUCAUAUUUACGAGCAGGUGAUUACCGUUCUGGCCAAGGAGGUUGUAGUCGGCAUUCUACCGCAGUCAAGUGAGGCUGGGGGGGGGGGGGGAAGCCCCAUCGUCACAGUCACAGUCUUCCCAAAGUAG